AUGUCUGACAACGCAGAAUCUCCUACAGAAAACCCGAAAGAUGAACAUUCGCUUCAGCACGCUGUCACAGAUCACUCUGAGUCAUCGGACGAGAAGAAAAAGAUUGAUGUGCUUUUAAAGGCGGUCGGUGACACACCCAUCAUGAAGACCAAAAAAUGGUCUGUGGAGAGAAGGAGGACGAUACAGUCACUCGCCCAGUUCAUCUCACGCUUCCUCAAGCUGGAGCCCAGCGAACAGUUGUUUAUUUAUGUUAAUCAGUCGUUUGCGCCAUCACCGGACCAAGAAGUUGGUGUGCUUUUUGAGUGUUUCGGAAGUGACGGCAAACUAGUACUUCAUUACUGCAAGUCUCAGGCCUGGGGAUGA